AUGGAUCUCAAAAUCUGUUUCGUAGUUUUACUUUUUUCAUUCAUAAAACCAAGCAGCGAAACUUUACAAAGUGUGAGCGAUGAUGAUCUCCUUGAAUUAAUUAGGGAAAAAGAAAAACUUAUUGUCUUAUUUAGCAAACCUAACUGUGAUACAUGCAAGGAAUUGGAAAACCAUGUUGAAAGUUUAGAAAAUGAUUUUAAGAAGGAAUUGAAUGCUGUGAGUGUUAAGGCAAUCAACAGUCACCUAAGUAGACUGUAUAACCCGGCUAAGGAUCCUGCGCUUGUGUUCUUUAGACAUGGGGUACCUUUAUUGUACAGUGGUGAGUCUGACGAGAAUGAAAUUUAUGGUUUCUUCGAAAAGAACCAGGCACCCGCAGUGAAAGAGUUGACAGAUAAAAUAUUUGAACACAUCACCCAGGCAGCUACUGGCGCAACUACUGGCGAUUGGUUUGUCAUGUUCUAUGGUGCUUCAUGUGUAGAAUGCCAGAGGUUACAUGCAGUUUGGGAAAGUGUGGGUGCGACUUUGAAAGGUCGCAUCAAUGUAGCACGCAUGGACGCAAACUUAGCUGGAGUAAACACUGCAAAGAGGUUCAAUGUCAACAAACUACCUAGUUUUCUAUUCUUCCGUCUCGGCAAAGUGUACCGGUUUGAUUUACCCAAAAAAGAUGUAAAAUCCUUUGUCAUAUUUGCUCAAGACUGGUAUAAGAAUGCUAAAGCUGAACCUGUGCCGUUACUGGCAUCACCAUUUGACGAAUUAGUGGACUUGGCUGUCCAAAUGAUAAAAGUAAGUGUGGCAUUUACCCUGGACACGUUAACUGAGCAUCCAUGGAUAUGGCAAAUAGGAGUAGCAGGCUUUGGUCUAGUAGCCAUAACUGCUAUCAUAGCUUUAUACAAAGCGGGAAAAUCAAGACCAUCAAAAGACUCAAAAAAAGAAAAGAAGAGUAAAUAA